GUUAUGAAUAUUUUAGACAGGCUCCACCUCUCUCGGGGAGAAAUUCUUACAUUGAUUUAGCACCCCAGGUGUUGGACGCGAUGAGUGACAGCACAGCCAGCUCCACCACGGCCAAUGACCUGGACCUCAUCUACCUCAAGGCAUUAUGGAGGGCCCCCUGGAGGCGGAGCGGCGUGUCUCGGAGCCCCCGUGCCACGGCGGUGCGGGACAACAACGUGGAGCUGGUGCAGGAGAUCCUCCGGGAGCUGGAGCCCUUCAGCCAGCGCUCAGAGCCCGCCGCCCAGCUCAGGGACAUCCUGAGGCAGCCACACUUCCAGUCGCUGCUGGAGACCCACGACUCGGUGGCGUCCCAGGAGUGCGAGACCCCGCCCCCCCAGCCCCUGUGACCACGUGGACCACGGGGACCCCCCCGGCGAGGGCCACACCCACAGCCUGCCCCACCCCCCCCGAGGCCAUCCGCAUGGUGGGCAUCCGCAAGGUGGCCGGGGAGCACCUGGGCGUGACCUUUCGCGUGGAGGCGGGCGAGCUGGUGAUUGCGCGGAUCCUUCACGGGGGGAUGGUGGACCAGCAGGGGCUGCUGCACGUGGGCGACAUCAUUAAAGAGGUGAACGGCCGGGAGGUGUGUCAGGACCCCCGGGUCGUGCAGGAGGAGCUCCAGGCGGCCAGCGGGAGCAUGGUGCUGAAGAUCGUCCCCAGCUACCACGAGACCAACACACCCAGACAGGUAUUCUACAAGUGUUACUAUGACUACGACCCGGCCAAUGACAGCCUGAUCCCCUGCAAGGAGGCGGGCCUAAGGUUUGAGACGGGGGACAUCAUGCAGAUCGUCAACCAGGACGACCUCAACUGGUGGCAGGCGCGUCACGUGGAGGGCGGGAGCGCGGGGCUGAUCCCCAGUCAGCUGCUGGAGGAGAAGAGGAAGGCCUUCGUCAAGAGGGACGCGGAGCUGCCACCCGCAGCAGGAAACCUGUGCGCUGGAAUCGGAGGGAAGAAGAAGAAGAAGAUGAUGUACGUGACCACUAGAAACGCAGAGUUUGACAGACACGAGCUGUUAAUCUACGAGGAAGUGGCCAAAGUCCCGCCCUUCAAGAGGAAGACUCUGGUUCUGAUUGGUGCCCAGGGAGUUGGGAGGCGGAGACUGAAGAACAAGCUCCUGUUGAUGGACGCGCCGCAGUUUGGCACCACCAUUCCUCACACCUCCAGGAAGCCCAAGGCGGGGGAGCGCGAGAGCCGCAUGUUUGCCUUCACCAGCCGCAGCCUGAUGGAGGCGGACCUGAAGGCCGGCCGCUUCCUGGAGCACGGCGAGUACGACGGCAACCUCUACGCCACCAAGACAGCCUCCAUCCACCAGGUGGUGGAGGCCGGGCGCGUCUGCAUCCUGGACGUCUCCCCCCAGUCUCUGAAGGUUCUGCGUACCUCUGAGUUCCUGCCCUACGUGGUGUUUCUCAAGGCUCCAGAGUUCCAGGUCCUCAAGGCCUUGAACCACUCUGCUGUGGACGCUGGGGUUGUCACGGAGACACUGACGGACGCAGAGCUGCAGCGGACGUGUGACGAGAGCGCGCGGCUGGAGGCGGCGUUCGGCCACUACUGGGACCUGACGCUGGUCAACGACAACCUGGACGAGACGUACCGCACGCUGAAGGCCGCGCUGGACACCGUCUCCAAGAACCCCCAGUGGGUGCCCGUCACCUGGGUGUUCUAGCCCCCAGCCGUCGGGUGUGUGUGUGUGGGGGGUGUGUGUGUGGGGGGGGGGGGGGGGGGGUCCUAGGUUCCAGACGAGAGAGCGAAGCGGUGAACACGUGAUGGGCUUUCAGUGCCGGUGUCGCCAGAAGCCGAUGUAUUUUUUUUUCUUUUUUUCCGAUGACGUCAGUGAACAAUGCCCCAGGCAACUGAACUCAGAGUUCAAACAAUUACAACUUUGUCCCCUCACCCCCUCCCCAGUCAACGCUGACCUCUUGAACAGCGCCCAAUCACAUAAAGCCUUUUUGUGACAUUCUAAACCAGAAAACAUACCCCAACCCAACAGAAUCUACCGCAAUAUUACAACCCUCCAAACAUGGAGAAAACAACUAACUGCCACUGUCCCCCGAGUUUCCCUCCCAGUUUUCGCUACAACAUAAAGAUCCUUGUCGCUACAUCAUCGGCAACGCCCCAGCUAGCAUGCAGCGCGCGCGGCUCAAAGCUCAUCACGUGUUCACGCCUUUAAAAACCGUGGCAUCGCAGUGAUCAGCGUGGCCCGAGUGGGCCUCAUGAUGAGCUCAUUCAUAAGGCUCACAUGCUUCACAAGCCGCUGUGUGUGUGUG